CACCCAGCUAGCCUAACUUCUUUGUUAUAUCUACCGAGGGAGAAAGGGGGUAGAGGCCUGCGAUCAGUAGAACACGAGUACAAGAUCACUAAAAUCAAAUCGCUACUGAAAUUGUAUCAGAAUUCGGACCAGACCGUGGAAGCAGUUAGAGAAUUUGGAGAACACUUCAUGGCAACAGGCCACCAGUCGCUUGUAAAGGAAGCAGUUAAGUACGCUCAAGAACUCAACAUCACACUUCAGCUUGACUCCCUAAAUCCCGUGUGUGUUACAACAGAAGGAAAGGUGGUGACUGCAGCAAGAGCUGGGAAUCUGUUGAAGCAAUCUCAAGAGAAGCAGUUCUUGGAGAUCGCUAAAGACAAAAAGUGGCAAGGAAAGUUAUUCCGUACCAGAUGGGAAGAUGAGAGCCUAAACUUAACCAGCUGUUUUGCAUGGUUAAAAGGUUGGGCUUCAUGCCCUACAUAUACCAUCGCUGGCAUGUAUGAAUUGUGUGAGCAGUUGUUACCUACGAAGCUCUACACAAAGGAGAAGACGCAAACCUUCACCGACGGCGAAGUCCUAUGCAGGUUAUGUGGAAAGGUAGCUGAAAUCGUUGCACAUGUAUUGGCUGGAUGUUCCUCCCUGGCACAAACCAAGUACCUAUACAGGCAUAAUGCAGCUUUGAAGAUUCUUUUUUUUUGAGCUCCUGCGAGAGCGUGGGUUAAUAGAAGAGGUUCCACCAUGGUACUCACCGGUGAUGCCAAAACCAGUCUACCAGAACACCACGAGUGAGGCGUUUUGGGAUAUUCCCAUCUAUGCAGAGCUCAACGAAGUUAGAGCAAAUCGGAUCGACGCGCGACUUGUCAGCCACGAGAGAAAAAAAGUCUGCACAAUUGAAGUGAGCUGCCCAUGGAUCGAGAGUAGAGCUAAGAAAGAUGAGGAAAAGACACUCAAGUAUGGGCCCAUGAUGUGGGAGCUGAAGCAGAGGUACAUUGGUUACAGGGUUGAACAGUACAACGUAAUAAUUGACGUACUGGGUGGUUAUUCUAAACACCUAGAGAAGUCGGUGAGGAAGCUACUUGGAGCGAGAGCACGGGGCGUACUUGAGCGGAUGUAGAAGUCGGUCAUCUCAAACACUUUGAACAUUGCCAGAACAUUUAAGAUAAAUACUUAGUUAGGGCGCUAUGGACUUCAGUUUUUAGGUUUUCUUCUUUUUUCCUCUAGAAAUCCAGAAACACUAGUUUGCUGAUGCUUUUACUGAGAUUUUUUUGGAGUAUUAGAGUUUCAUAGGAUUCUAAAUAGGCUUUUAGUAGAGAUAACCGCAUUAUGAUAGCCCUGUUUAGGUAUAUAAGAGAUAAUGAGAGUAUAAAAACUGAAUAAUUUUCUAAACAGGCUUUUAGAGAUAAUUAUAUCAUCAUGUCUUUGCGUAGGUUUUACAGAGUAUAAGAAUUAAAUAAUAUUUUAAAUUGGCUUUUUAAGUAGAGAGAUUCAUAUCAUUAUGUAUAUUAGGAUUGUAUUAGUUUCCCACCGACCUUUUUUUACUUCUGGACAUAUGACUGGGCGGGGUGACGGAGUUGACGUUGCCAACUUGUUUUUAAAUUCUUCCCAGACUGGCUCUAGUUGAAAUUAAAACCUAAGCCAUAAUGUUGAUUUCCAUUCACAAGAGUAGGGGACGAACUUAGGGACUGUACAGUAAUUUUCAGGAGGGGGGUGGGGGGAGGGGGGGGGGGUAUGAAAUGAGCUUCGAACAGGAAAAAAUUAUGUAGUCCCCCAUUCGUAAAAGCAGAAUUACUUUAGCCACCCCUUAUGAGUUCUUGAUAAUUUUUACUACCCACCCCCCCAACCCACACCGAAUAUGAUGUAACUGUAGAAGUUGAAAAGUUUGAAAACCGUCUUAGGUAUUUGUUGUCCGGCAACCCUGGUUGUGCUGGGAAGUUUCUCCGAGAGGAGUACAAGCCAAAGCCCAAUGAUAACAGCAACAUAAGGCCAUGCAAGAGGGAGGCGAAUCGCAUCUUGGAUAAGCUUCACGUCAUCACAGAAAACAUAACAGAACAUGAUAACACCCUACUUACAAGGUGUGGCAAACUUAAUACUAGCCUAAAUUGCCUUCGCAAUUUCAACAAUGAGAAAGGACAUUACAUCAAGUCUGGUGUUAAAAAGGAUGUGUUACAUAUUGUUGAGGACUCGGAUAGAGUGAUGGCUAAAUAUAGGCGACAUAUCAAAUUGACACUAGGUCCACAACAUCUGAAGCAAGAAAAAAGGAAAGAGCAAAGAAAAAAUAGGGGAGAAGAGGAAGUUCGCAGCUUGUGAAAACAGAACAAAAAGAGUAUGCCUUAUUUUCCGUUCCCUGGGAGGAGCCCUCCUUGUUGAGAUCUUUGAGCCGGACUUAUUUGGCACUCCCCAACUGGAAACAACUGAUUGUGAAACCCUACGUUUGGUAAUUACCUCAAAAACAGACAAUGCAUGAUUGCGCGACCUUUGCAGGGCAAACUGACCCAGGUGAUUGUCUGGGACUUCUGCUCCU